CUGUUGUGAAUCGUCUCCCUUUAUUUGUUGCAGUUGGUGUAGAAAUAACUUUUGCUUCCAACAUUUCUUUUCUGAUUAUCAUUUUCAUCAUAAUUUAUAUGAUUUAUCUUAAAGUAGUUGUUAUGCGGCACAUACAUUAGCUAUUUUUUCGUUUUUCUUCUUUCGGUACGCAAUGCUACCGAUACACAUUGUUAAAAUUAGGUCAGAUAUGAGAAUGAAUAUACUAUUGUGAAAGACUACGAUUAUCUUACAAUUCUAGGAAAUACUAGAUGUAAUGACAUAUAGAACGAUAUUAUUACUGUCUAAAGUUAAUAAUUGCAUCUUCCCAAGGUUGUCUGAGCUCAAAUUCUCACAUUGUGUCCUACAUGACUAAUACUAUUUGUGACAAAAAUCUUGGUUCAUUUCCGUAUGUAUUGUUUGGCAUAUUAUUUUUUGGUGAUAAAAUAACCCUUAUAAUUAUGAUAAUGAAAAUGCUCUAGCGCCUCAGAAACAAGCCAGAAACCCGAACUUUUUUUACCGUAAGCAUAACUCACUACGGGCUACAAGAUGCACGAAACCCCGAUUGAAAAGCGCUCCCGCACCUUGGAAGGUUCCCUAGUAAGUGAUUUUUCGUUAGUAAAACUGAUAAUGCUUAUAUAAAUGAAUAAAUUCAAAUAAAAGAUGUUCUUUAACAAAACAUGGUAGAAUUUUUAAACCACGAAAAACAACACCGUUAGAAAAAUUAUGCAUACUAAUUAUUCGAUAGAAAUGAAGAAUGAAUUUAUGACAAUGCUGUAAAUGAUACGCUAUUCCAGGCAGUAACCGAUAAGCAUAGAUUACUUCUAUUGUAGCAAUAUGAUCGAUAAAAGUGACUAAUGAAGAAUAACAACAUUUUUUAUCUUUCAAUCAUAUUCUAUCGGUAUUACAUGCGAGAGAUCUAUAAUUAAUCAUCAUAAUAAUAAACAAAUGUAGACUGAAAGCUUUGAGCAUGAUAAAAAAAUGAUUUCACAGAGAAACCGAUAAUAAAAGACAUUAGAUCACAAAGAAAACAAACAUGUGUUCUUGCCAAUUCGCUUUGCCUAAUAAACAGAACAUCAUAAGAAAAACAUUCACUCUAUUUUUUUUUUGAGUAGAUGACAAAAAACAGAAAGAAAAAAAUGUCGAAAGGGAAAAAUAUCAAAAAUAGAAAUAUCGAAAACAAAAAUAUGAGAUGAAGAUGAGGAUGAGAGAAACUUGUACUUGAAUAUACUCUUGUUUUCACCAUUUCUAGCCAUCAACAUUUCUAUUAUUAUAUUAUUUUCGAUAUUUUUAUUUUCGACAUCUUUCUCUUUCUCAUACUAUGUUUUUUCUCCAUUGUGUUCAAUCGUCCAAAAUGUUAAGGAAUGAAUCAGUGGUCAAUAUCGGUCACAUAGACAAUGACUGCUUACUCUAUUGGUCAUAUUGAUUCAUUAUACUUUUAUAUACUAUAUUCAUUAUGUAUGUCAUAUAUAUGUAUUCUUAGUUCAGUUUGUCAGUCAAUGAAAUGAAGAAUCCAACUUUAUUUGAAGAUUUAUCGAACGAAGUGUUAUGUGAAAUCUUUGAUUAUUUAAAUGCAUUCGAUCUAUUCUUAACAUUUGCUUCGCUUAAUGAACGUAUUUCAACUAUUCUAAAAUAUAUUCGUUUUCAUAUAAUUGUCGAUUCGAUGUAUUGUCGCUAUCAAAUUGAAUUUCUGUCUCAUCAUCUGACAUUUCAUUCUCAUCAAGUUAUUUCGUUGGAUAUAUGUAAUAAAAUCUGUGAUCAAAUAAAUACUAUUGCCUAUCUUUUUGACCGAUAUGAAUUUCCUAGUCUUCGUUUCUGCACAUUUCGAUGUCUUGAUGCAUCAUCCAAACUAAAAAAUGUCAUCAAACAAUUAAAGAAACAAACUCAACUUGUAUCGCUUCAUAUAUUUCAAUCUUAUGAUGCUAAAUAUGAUUACUUGAGCAGAAAUCAUGCACAUCUAUUUAGUGAAAUGGUUUUGUUAAACAUACCAUUAUCACUUCAUUGUGCCACUCUUCGAUUUCAUUAUGAUUAUUCUCAAUUAAUAACAAGUACGAUUAUAAAUACAAAUCUUACAUAUCUUGAAUUAUUGUUUUACGGAACUUUUGAUAAGAUAUCGAUUUAUUCUCUAAUAUCUGUUCUUCGUAUUUACAAAUCAUUGCGACAAUUGAAUGUUAUAAUCAAAAGUCCAAAUAUGAUACAACACAAUACUAAUUUCAAGUAAGAUUGUUUAAAUAAAUAACAUUAUCAAUCAUCUACUUAUAUAAUACGAGAAUAAAUGAAAUCAGUCACUUUUUUAGAGAAUGAAACAUAAAACGAUAUAUAUUUUUUUUUUAGUAUUUCAAAUGCUUUAUCUAUAAACAAAAACGAUUUACCUAUAGUAGCAUCAUUAAAAAAAUUCGAUUUGCAAAUAUUGACACAGUUUGAUAUACAUUCACUUGGUCUUAUUCUUCAUUGUAUGCCUAAUCUUCAUGAAAUUAGUUUUACAUUUAUUACUAAAGAUCUUAAUACACCAUUUAUUGAUGUUUUACUCAAUGGAAAUAUUUGGCAACAAAUAUUGAUAAGUCAUGUGCAAUAUUUGAACAAAUUCAAUAUUCAUAUAUCUCUUCUUACGGAUGAAGGAUUAUUCGAUUUAAAGUCAAUUCUUGACUCGUUUCGAUGUUUUGUCACACAAUUUGAUGGUUGGCAUAUGGCUAUUAGUCGAUUGGAAACCUUUGAAGGGCCCAGAACAUACGAACGGAUUGUUUUGCGCACAUUAAACUACCAACAUCUCCUAACACAACAUGAAUAUUAUGAAAUAACAAAUAUACGUUGUAGCACAAUUGAAAUGAUAUCAACAUAUUCAUCAGAUACGAAUAAUUAUCGCUUUCAAUCUCACAUCAACUCAAUAGAAUUUUUUAUGUCAAGAUGUAUAGAAAGGCAACCUGUUCAAUCAUCUUCAAAUAUUCCAUUUAGAAAUGUUGAUUCGCUUUUAAUAUACUUAUUAGAAAAACCAUCAAUAACUUCUUUUGCAAAGAAUGUAUUUACAUUAAGUGCGUAA